ACCAAAGAAGAAGAAGCAGAAGAAAUCAACACACUAAGACUCAUAAAAUUAUCGUCCGUAAUUAUUUCAGAUCUAGCCUUUUACGGCAUAAGUGUGACAUAAAAGCACAUUAUUCAUCCUUUCAGAAAAAUCCAGUGACUGUAUUUCUAUCUAACAGAUAGAUUGUCAUUCCAACAGCUAAUACAUCGUUGUCAAACUGUCGGUAUCGUUUGCUAGUAGCUAAGGUGUGGUGUGCUAGUAGCAUUUAACGAUAUAUUGAACUGUGACCAUGGACGGACUUGAAACACCGUACGACGAUGAGGCUGAAAACCAAUUUAUUUAUUGUGAUAUUUGUGCAAAAUCGAUAAGAGGCGAUACCUUGUACAAAAUACACCUUACUACAUCUGGACAUAUUAAGAAGGAGGAUAUCUUUGUUGCUGAGGGGAAGACUGUCAGACAACACAUCGUCCCAGAUUUUGAGGACAUUUUACAAUAUCUGCAUUACCUGAAGCUUAAUGAACCUAUAAUUGGUUUAAACUAUUUGGAAGAAAUACCUUGUUCUAUGACUGACUCAGGCCCCAGAUACACAUGUCGACUAUGUAAUAGUACUUCAAACCUACCAGACACGGUUCAUCAUCUGAUUGGACGUAAACACCGACAGAAGUAUUUGGAAGUGAAACGCCCAGACUUGGUGACCUGGGAUAAACAAACUAUGACAACACAGUCAGGAAAGCUCAUCCGGGCCAGAGCAGAGAUCAUUGAGAGACAGGAUGGAAGAGGAACUCCAGUGGUGUCACUGAAGAAAAAUAGAAAAAUUGUGGAUGAAUUCAACUUCUCAAGAGUUCGUCCAUGGCAAAAUAGAGACAGAAACAUUCAUCCGGCCCACCGAGAUGCACCACCACUCUUACCAGAACUCACGAGCUUCAACAAUAGCCGAGGGAGACGUUUGAAUGAUUUCCCAAAUCCAUUCCCAGCUCAUCCAGAGGACCAUUACAUGCUGAACCCAGACAGAGACGGUCUGAGCCAUGACCAGGGGGAAGAGGAUCUGCUGAGGACAGAUUACAGGGAAGGCGAUAUGCACAGGGAGAGGUAUAUGGAGCCCGACUAUCGCACGGAAUAUGAAAAGGAUUACACUGAUGAUUUACAAAGAGGACAAAGACGUGAUGGAAUUUCUAGAUUUGGUUCUCGGGAGCAGAUGCAACGUGGCCAGGCUCAGGGGGAAGAGUAUUACCCAUCAGGCCCCAGAGGGUCCUACCCAGAAAAAGAUCUGCUGAAGGAGUUCUACACUGAGGAAGUUAGACAGAGACAAGCUGAAUAUCAGUCCCCACAGGAUCCAUAUCCCCAAGACAGUUCACUCCAAUGGCCUCUUGACAGGGAAUCUGAUAGAAGACCAAGGUCAAGUGAACCAGAGGCCAACAGGAUGAGAUUUCCCAUGCCUUCAGACAGCAACUGCUCACGUAACCAAUUAGUCAAUGUGAUCAAAGAUUAUCGGCAAGAAAUAAUGAAACCAUGUCAAGAGGAGGCAGUUGUCACAUCUGGGCCCAGCAGAGCAAGUCCCACUAGACUGUCAGACAUUAACAGGACCGUUUCUGACAUCCCAGAGCCAUUCAUGCGCUUCCUACAGGGGCACACUAGUAGAGAGGAACUGGGAAAAAGAAAAAGGAAGAGCCGCUUCUCUGACGCCACUAAAGAAGAGAUGACAAUAGCGCAGGAGAUGUUUCGUGAUGACUUUGGGCCUCCAAGGUCAAAGUUUGGCAGUCGCCCUACAUCAGCCAGUUCACUGUUUGGGAAUGAAAUCCGUGGACGGCAAAACCCAGACCAUUACCCAGACUCACAAAGCCCUUGUCAUGUUGAAAGCUACCAGAGAGAGUUUGUGGCAGAGUGUGCUGCAGACACAGGGUCUGUUUUUGAUAUGCUGAAAAACAUUGAAAUAGAAAAUGCAGAAGAGGCUGACUUCCUUAAGAACAAACUAUUUGGUGUCCUGAGGGAGUUCGAGGCCAAAAAACAAGAGAAAACCAUGCAAAACAUCCAGGGGCGAGCAGUCAUCCCCCAACAUUACAACAGUCUGAGGUCAGAUUCACAGGAGAGUGUGCAAGACGACUAUGACUGGACCCCAAGAGAAGAUUCAGACAUGAGAAGACCAAAAGACCUCUACUCUAGAGAAGAUCACAGAAGAAGAGACCACAUGCACCCCGAGCAUGUGACUGAUGAGCGGCUCCAAGAAUACCACCAUCCUGUGCGUGGUGAACCUAGACGCUCAAACAGAAGCCCCUACAAAGAAGAUUAUGGGUGGGAUGAAAUUUCACCUACACAACAUCCAAAUGAGCCAGCACAUUACCCUGAAAGGUACCAGACACCUGUGCAGGCUCUUGACUACAAGCCCACUGGUGAGGAGUUUUUUGAGUCACACCGAUCUGCAUCUCCCCAGCACAUGGAACGAGGACCUAGAAUGCAAAGGGGUCCUCAAUACAAAAGCAGCCUGGACAAAAUCACUUCCACUCUUCUGGAACUUGUAGCAAGGAAAUAAUUGUGAGAUGUUUGUAUAAAAUUUCUUGCUAAUAUUUUUUAGUUUUAAUGAACUAGUUUGGUUCGAGAAAAUAAUUGAAUUGUAACUUUUUUUCUUUGCUCCAGAUGUUUUGAAGGUUUGUUUUCAAAAAAUGUGCUGAGAGAAAUAAUAAAAGGAAGGAUUAAAAUAUUUAAUGC